AGAUGAUAGGAGGGUCAAAAAAUAAAUUACAAUAUUACCCUUAUUUUAAAAUGGUAGAAUAUAAUAUUUUAUUUUUUCUGUUCGUGUGUUAUGCUGAGUACCCCGUCGACCGUAGAUAUGACAUUUUAGAGUUUUUGUCGGGAAGAGAAGUUGGGUUCUGAUGGCCAGUUGGAGGGAAAAGUCCUCCGUCGGGUUCCUCCGUUGGGGGCAAAAGUCCUCUCGCGGAGGAAAAGUCAACUUAUGGUAGCCAAUUCAACGGAAGUAGACUGCAAAUUGCCUCUAGAUCUGUGCAGACCAUUCUUGAGCAUCACAUUAUAAACUGAAAAUUAUUUGACUUCAUCCAUAUUGACCGGGCAGUGUCUGAAUUAUUCCAGGUAGUCUUCUUACCAUGAUUUCUCAAAAAAGAGAUGCAUUUUUUGAAACUUCCAUCUUCGCGCAUGAUUCAUAAGGUUUUUUACAACACCACCCAAUUCAAACCAAAAAAGAAUGAUUAAAUAGAUAAUAUUGAUAUUAAAUGCUUGGCCCCAUAUCUCUGGCUCUUUCUAAGCUGUUCUAUUGCUUGUCCAUCCUGAACACUAAUGCUUAGUCUUCCAUACAUUUUCCAAUUAAAAAAUUAAAUAUAUAAGUAUAUCAGGCCAUUGUGCUUUCCUUCAAAUUGCAAUUUGCUAUUCAUCAGUUACAAUAUGGACAUGGAGGUGUGAUGCUUCUAAACUCUACUUUAUGUGCUUCAUAUUUUUAUCAUGGUUUAGAUAAAGUUCAUUACUUCAACAAUCUAACCUCAUUAUUCCAGGUAGCAGAAGCUCAAAAAAGUCAAAUUUAUUCUGCAAAAAUUGAUAUUCCCCCUCAAAGUCUUCCCUUGAAACCAGAUGAAUCUCUCAAUCGAUCCAAGUCUUUCACAGCCUACCUUCCCACCCAAGAUGUAUACCAAUCCCGGAAGGUUGUGUUCGACGAUAAAGCCAUGACAGAUGCAGGUACUAACGGCCAUGAAAACAUUCAGCAGAAUGGCAACUGGAAGAAGAUGAAACCAAACUUCUCCCAACGCCUGUAUUUGAGUAACUCUUCCGUAAAAGGAUUUUCAAAGUUGCCACGACAUCAUAGUUACAAUGUAAAACGCUAUGAUACUUUCAAGACAUGGUCAGGAAAAUUAGAGAGGCGGUUUUCAAAUCUUCAUGGGAAGCCGAUCGAGCCAGAUGAUGCCAAUAAUUUGAAUGACACAGAACCUGAAUCCUUGCCUGCAUUAGACCGUUAUCUGGAUGCCUUGGAAGGACCAGAAUUGGACACUCUGAAAGCAUCAGAGGAGCUUGUUCUUCCUGAAGAUGUAACUUGGCCUUUUCUACUUCGAUUUCCAAUAUCCUCUUUUGGUAUGUGCCUUGGUGCAGGAAGCCAAGCCAUGCUAUGGAAAACUUUGGCUUUAUCUCCCUCAAUGAGCUUCAUGAAUAUAAGCCUAACCAUCAAUAUUGUCCUGUGGUGCAUCGCAAUUGGUGUAUUUAGCUUGGUGGCCACAAUAUAUCUUCUUAAGAUCAUAUUUUACUUUGAAGCAGUGAGAAGAGAGUACUACCAUCCUGUGAGAAUCAACUUCUUUUUUUCUCCUUGGAUAGCUUGUCUCUUUCUGGCAAUAGCUUUGCCUCCACGUGUUGCAGAAAGUAUACCUGAUAACUUAUGGUAUGUGCUCAUGGCGCCAAUACUCUGCCUUAAUAUGAAGAUCUAUGGCCAAUGGAUGCUGGGAGGAGAACGAAGGCUUUCGAAGGUGGCUAAUCCUUCAAAUCAUUUGGCUGUGGUUGGGAACUUUGUUGGUGCAUUGUUAGGGGCAAAUAUAGGACUUAAAGAAGGGCCUAUAUUUUUUUUUGCAGUUGGUUUGGCACAUUACACUGUUCUAUUUGUCACUUUGUAUCAGAGGCUUCCAACAAAUGACACUCUGCCGAAGGAGCUUCAUCCAGUUUUCUUUUUAUUUAUAGCUGCACCUAGCGUUGCUUGCACUGCAUUGGCUAAGAUUUCUGGUGAAUUUGGCAUUGGUGCAAGAAUUCCUUACUUCGUUGCCAUGUUCCUUUAUUCUUCUCUUGUAAGUUCCGCUAUACAGUUUCUGAAGCUCUCUUGUCGAGAAUUUCGCUGUACCUUCUAUAUCUUCCGUUGGGAUCAAACUCCACAAAAUGUAGGUAAUCUUCUUCCUGAGGAUUCACGCUCGUCAUUCUAAUCUUCUUCAACCGAGUUCUCUUGCUAGCUAAUGGCGCUCUUCCUCACCUCAUGGGAUCAGAGCCUCGUACACUUGUUGGGAUCUAUGGGAAAGAAGAAGAUGGGAAAAAACUUUGCCCAAACGCAUUGUUAUCUCUGAUAAGAGUUGAACACAAAAGGCAAGAACAAUGUGGGAACUCAAACAAAAUCGAA